UUUUUUUUUCAGAAAUAAAAACAUUCCAGGUUUUUUUCCUGAAAUUCAUCACCAACAACCAUGAUAUUUAACUAAGAACAAUGUUAAACUGCUGAAAGAGGUGAAGUACAAGCCGUCCAGAAAAAUCUCCAGAACACACAGAAAUUGUUUGAUACGUUUAACAGAUAGAUGGAGCCAAGACCCGGCAUGGAGAAACAUCAGCACUCUUUCAAGAGUUUUACUAAACAGACUGAUCUCAAAAAUCACCAGUGCAUUCACACAGGAGAGAAACCACAUCACUGCUCGGAGUGUGGGAAGAGUUUUACUAAACAGAGUGAUCUCAAAAAACACCAGCGCAUUCACACAGGAGAGAAACCGUAUCACUGCACAGACUGUGGGAAGAGUUUUAAUCAACAGGGUCAUCUCAAAAAACACCAGCGCAUUCACACUGGACAGAAACCGUAUCAAUGCUCAGACUGUGGAAAGAGUUUUAAUCAACAGAGUAAUCUCAAAAAACACCAGCGCAUUCACACAGGAGAGAAACCGUAUUACUGCUCAGACUGUGGAAAGAGUUUUAUUACACAGAGUGAUCUCAAAACACACCAGCGCAUUCACACUGGACAGAAACCGUAUCACUGCUCAGACUGUGGGAAGAGCUUUAAUCUACAGUGUACUCUCAAAAUACACCAGCGCAUUCACACAGGAGAGAAACCAUAUUACUGCUCAGACUGUGGGAAGAAUUUUACUCAACAGAGUAAUCUUCAAAAUCACCAGCGCAUUCACACAGGAGAGAGACCGUAUCACUGCUCAGACUGUGGGAAGAGUUUUAUUACACAGAGUCAUCUAAAAAAACACCAACGAAUUCACACAAGAUAGAAACCGCAUCACUGCUUAGACUGUGGGAAGGGUUUUAUG